UACUAUUUCCAAUAGUUAACUUAAAUAAAAGUAACAGUAACAUAAUUACAGCAAUAAAAACAAAAUUACAGUAAAUAAAAAGUUAAGAAACAAAUGUUUGGCUGAAAGUACCUGAUUGACCGUUCCUUCAGGACACACAUAUCUUGUUCACACCCUCUAUUUCUGAACAAAACAAUUUGCAUGCAACACUUUUCAAGAUUCCAACAUUUUCAUCACCAGUUUCGAGUUUCGAAAUCUUGUUAUUACAACAACAUUUCAGUUGGUCACUAAUCAGACAAGGAAAGUACAGAGACAAGGAAAGUACAGAGUGAUAGAGAUGCAGCUUUAGUCUAUAGAUCAUGGUCUUGGAUUCUCUUUGGUCAUGAUCUCUCUCAUACCUCCUGCAUUUUGAUCACUCGAAAGUAAUUAACGUAUCUGGUUUUCUUGAUCCGUUUGUGUAGGAUGUCGUCAGGGUAUAAGCAAUUUGUUGAGGAUAAUUUGGGAGAAAUCCCUCAGUUUAUUAUUUAUGCUGUCCUUGAAAUGGUUAUCAUAUGUUUGCUUUAUGUAGAGGCUGGCCUUGCGUUUGUUAGUUAUGAAUUUGCCAGGUUUUUCGAUCUGCAAAUCCCUUGUUUGCUAUGUUCCCGGAUAGAUCAUGUACUUUUGAAUAAGGAUUCCCAUAUGUUCCAUAAUGAAUCCUUCUGUGAGUCUCACAAGAAGGCGGUCUCAUCCCUUGCUUAUUGUCACUUCCACCGCAAAAUUUCUGACAUCAAGAAUAUGUGCGAAGGGUGUCUUCUUUCGUUUGCUACUGACAGAGAUUCAGAUACGGAUAAUCCCAAGCCUCUGGUUGGAAUGUUACACAAGGAUGCUGAUGUAUUUGUAGAGGAUGAUCAUAAAAUCUUUGUUGAUGCUAAAUUGGCUGAGAAAGGCAGUAUUAACAGGUGUGUUUGUUGUGGGGAGCCUUUAAGUAACAAAAGUUCUAAGAAAUUUGUCAAGAAUCCUUCCAUGAAGGCUGCUACUAUUUCAUCAACUCCGUCUUCUCCUCGUGUGCCUCCCCUUAUGAAAGAGGAGGGGCGCAACCUGGAAUUGCCUCUUUCUAGGUUCUCUGAGCUCAAGUUUACGACAAAUGCAGAACCAGAGGUUCAAGAAGAUGCUACUGGAAACAACACAGAGCAGCAACAAAUCAAAGAGGAUCUGAAACAAUUCCUACCAGAUGCUGAGGAUAUGCCUGAAGAUGUUAUCAGAACACCUAGUACCGUUAAAGGAAACAAAUUUUUCGGGAUCCCUCUAACAGAUGCAACUCAAGCUGCAGGCACUCCUAAGUGGGCUAACCGGCUUGCAAAAAGGGUGCAACUUGAGAAAGAUUUGUUUGCAGAGCCUACUGACCUAAAUCCUAUGAACGAACCAGAGAGUGAGGCUUUGAAUCGCUUGAAAAAACAAGUACGUGCAGAUAGAAAGUCCCUUGUUGAGUUAUCCAUGGAAUUGGAUGAAGAAAGAAGUGCUUCUGCUAUUGCAGCAAACAAUGCUAUGGCCAUGAUCACUAGGUUGCAGGCGGAGAAAGCUGCUGUGCAAAUGGAGGCUCUGCAGUACCAGAGAAUGAUGGAGGAGCAGGCAGAAUAUGACCAAGAAGCCGUACAAAUUAUGAAGGAUAUUCUUGUCAAGAGAGAGGGAGAGAUCAGGAUCUUAGAGGCUGAUCUCGAGACCUAUAAAGAAAAAUAUGGAGAACUGAAGAAGGCAGGUAGUGUGGAAUGUGAGGUUGAUGCCGAUGAAGACUACCAAGAUAUGCAAUCUCAGUCUGUUUCACCAUCUGGUUUCAAGUCCGAGUUUGGAAGCCCUAGUGGACACUAUGGAGAACAUGAACACACUACUGAAAGAUCAAGAGAUCUCCGAGGGGGAACUGCAGAAGCAUCAUUUGAUAAUGAGGGGGACAAAUCUUAUCUGCUAGGUAAGUUAACAAAUCUAGAAGACAAAAUUCAGUCGGCAUCAGAUGAGGCUGCUGGUUCCUUGAGUAAUGUUCCUGACAUGGUUGUGGCAGAAGAUGAGAGUAGAGGUAGAUUGUCUAACUCGUCGCCUUAAAGCACUGAUUUUGCAAAUUAUCUGUCGAAAAAAAGGAUCUCUUGUUCGGCAGAAAUUGGGAAUAAAGCCAUCCUUAACAGAGAGAUUGAGAGCCAUUGAAGCAGAUAGUGAAUGUUUAAAGCAUGCUGCAAUGACACUGCAGAGGUAGUGAAGGAACCAAACUCCUCGCACAGAUGACUCAACAUCUGGAGAAACAUAAAACAGAUAGGACAGACACUGAUGAAGAAAAAACAGAGAAAAGGAUGGACACAGAUACAGAACAUACAGACACAAGGACAUAUACAGAUGCAUUGUUGUCCUAAUUAGGUCUAUCCCUUGUAGUAAUACUUGGUACUCAGAUACACUGGAAGUAGCUUUGAAUAAAAUUUUCUUGAUUUGUUAACUUCUUGUGUA